UUCAUUUUUUUGAGAUCAAGUUUAACAAGCAUUUUAAUUUCUUUUUCCCCUUAAAAUGGAGAUUUUUGAAAGAUCUUAAUACUACAGCACCAAAGUAAUACGAGGAAGAAGACUGUAUUAAGUGUGGCAGCCUUACUCCACUUCAACUUCUCACCGCCAGAUCUGCCGCGAUUCCGUCUCACCGCAACCGGAUUCGUCGCGAACCGCUUCGCGCUGCUCGGGCGAACCGCUGAUCUCCGAUCAGAAACAAUUAUAGUGGAAAAUGAAUUUUUUGAUGCUGAGGUCCAACAAUAGUCAGCCGUCUGUUAAAGAGACUCAGGUAGAUGCAAAUUAUGUGUCCAAAGCUGCUAGUACAUUGGAGGGUCUGAUUGCUGAAGAUGCAUUUCCAGAAAGUACAUCUUCUGAGCCACGGUACUCAGAAAGUGAAGAAUUUGGGAAUGAGAAUGGCAUGGCGGCAGAUUCAAGUGGAAAGAAUAAUCAAGUUGACAGCCACAUAGAUGUUACAGAAGAUAAUGGGUCGAUAGUUAUUCCAUGCAAAGAAGUUCCGGACAAUUGGAAUGAGGCAUCAGAUAUACUUUCAUUGCGCUCUCUGGAUCGCAGCUUUGUUUUUCCUGGUGAACAAAUCCGAAUUCUUGCAUGUUUGUCUGCCUAUAAGCAGGAUACGGAAAUAAUUACACCUUUUAAAGUUGCUGCUGUCAUGAAUAAAUCUGGAAUUGGGAAAAACUCCAAAAAACAAAAUGGGAACAUUGAAGGAGAAGCAAGCCCAGUCCCUGAGACCAUUGUCACAAAUUGUGGGGAUCAAGAUAAUCAAACUGAUGAAAUCAUGACAGAAGAAAAGAUUGAUUUACCUAAGGAUGUUUCAACUGGCGAGUCUCUUCUUAGGAUGGAAGAUCACAAAAGACAGACCGAACAAUUGCUUCGAAGAUUUGAAAACUCACAUUUUUUUGUGCGAAUUGCUGAAUCAAACGAACCACUUUGGUCUAAGAGAAGAGUAGGAGAAGACUGUUCUGAAUCUUCCGCUGCAUUUGAAGAACAGCUGCUAGGAGAUUCUUUAGAAACUGCAACUACCACAAAGAAGAAGAAUCCUGCUAGUGCUUCGAUCGACAGAGGAAAAUUUGACUCACGCACAUCUGGGGGACUGGCAAGAGGUGUUGCCAAGUGCUGCUCACUUCCUAACGGAGACAUAGUGGUGCUUUUACAAUUAAAUGUUGGUAUUCAGUUUCUUAUGGAUCCAAUCCUGGAGAUUUUACAAUUUGAGAAACAUCAAGACAGAAAUCUGAGCAUUGAGAAUCAGGAUAUUCCUACUUCUUUGAAUCAAGAUCCUUAUGGCGAAUUAUUGAAAUGGUUACUUCCUUUGGAUAAUUCUAUUCCUCCUCCAUCUCGUCCUUCACCUCCUCCUACAUUGAGUUCCAGUUCAAGUAUUCGUAGCACAUCUGUGAAACCUGCUGUAUCUAGCUCUUCAAGUUCCCAGCUUUUUUCUUUUGGCCAUUUUAGAAGUUAUUCUAUGUCCUCACUCCCUCCAAAUGCCACACCAUCUGUAGCUACACCACCUGCAGCUACACAACCUGCAGCAGCUGUCACAACUCCUGAAACUAAACCUACGAUUGACCCAGAAGACUGGAAUCAAUUUUCAUUCAAGAAGUUUGUCGGUAGUGGAAAAAGUGGAGAUGAGGGACUAUUAUCUUUUCGUGGUGUGCCACUGCAACAAGAAAGAUUUUCUGUUCGAUGUGGUUUGGAAGGAAUAUUUACACCUGGAAGGAGGUGGAGGAGAAAAAUUGAGUUGAUUCAACCUGUAGAAAUUAAUUCUUUUUCUGUUGAUUGCAACACAGAUGAUCUUCUCUGUGUACACGUAAAGAAUGUUUCCCCCGCUCAUGCACCAAAUAUAGUGGUGUUCAUAGAUUCCAUAACAAUUAUUUUUGAAGAGGCAUCAAAAGGUGGACCACCAUUAUUUUUACCUAUUGCUUGCAUUGAAUCUGGGAACAACUACAGUUUACCAAAUUUAGAACUGAGGAGAGGUGAAGAACAUUCUUUUAUUCUGAAACCAGCAACUUCAAUGUGGAAGCAUGGGAAGGGUCACAGUGAUGGUAAUCCACGACUUUCACGUGUAUCAGCAGCAUCUGCUGCAUCAAGUUUGCCGCACUUGAAUUCUGGAGCAAAAAAUAAUGGAUCGUCUACUGAUCAAUUUGCUGUGCUUGUAUCAUGUCGAUGCAAUUAUACCGAAUCAAAGUUGUUCUUUAAGCAGCCGACAAGCUGGCGGCCUCGUAUUUCAAGGGAUCUUAUGAUAUCUGUGGCAUCUGAGAUGUCUGGGCAAGCUCUUGGAUCCGAUGGAACCCAGCUUCCAGUUCAGGUUUUAACACUUCAAGCAUCAAAUAUGACAUCUGAGGACCUGACAUUAACAAUUCUUGCACCAGCUUCAUUUACUUCUCCUCCUUCUGUAGUGUCCUUGAGUAAUUCUCCUGUGAGUCCAUUUUCGGCUUCCACUGAGUUAGCAAGUGAUUGGCGAGCAGCUGUUUUUCAUGGGCAGAGCUCAGUCUCUCUAAAACAUGGGCACAAAGUGGAAGACGGUCCACAAUCUGUAUCUGGCAAUGAGCAAACUGUACCUGACGUGGUUCCAAACACUGAUAUGGGUUGCAGCCAUUUAUGGCUACAGAGUAGAGUUCCUUUAGGAUGCGUCCCUUCUCAAUCUACAGCAACUGUUAAGCUUGAAGUUCUUCCAUUGACUGAUGGAAUAAUCACUCUUGAUUCUCUUCAAGUAGAGGUUAGGGCGAAAGGUAAAAAGCAGCUCCUAUUACACCUGAAAUUUACAAAUUUGAUUUUUUUUGUUUAUUUUUUUAUUAUUUUUGAAAAAAAAAACACAGAAGAAGUAGAAAGAAAUAUUUUUAUUGAUGCAUAUUUUCAUCAAUUCAUGGCAUUGCCUUGAUGCAUAUUUUCAUCAAUUUUGAUUCAAAAUUUCGCUCGUGAUGAGAAGAGCUAGUCUUUUAAAAACAUAUGAACUUCUGAUCUAAAGAGUACAUGUAUUGAUUGAAGUGUGAAUUGUAAUAGAGAUGGAAAAAAAAGUCCAUUGAUGCUUUUCAUUUUAUGGUAGUAAAAGUUUCUAGUUGCUUUCUUCAUUUUAAAUUGCCAAGACCCAGUUUCUUAGGAUAACAAUUGGACUUUUUGGUGUGAUAGGUCUUACUUAUGUUCCUGAGCAAUCUCUAAAGAUAAAUACAACCUCGAGCAUUGCAACUGGUAUACUUUGAGGUGGCUUUUGUUGUUCAGUUUGUUUAUUUUGAUGGUUCUGGCACGGAGAUACAAAUUGCAAGAUGGCUCUGGCUUGUUGCCGGUUUCUCUGUUGAUAUGAGCUGUAAAUUGUGGUGAGACGAGUUUCUCUACCUAAAGCCAGCAUCUGCUACACUCUCAUAUUGUGUUGAGAGAGUCGGCUUAGGGGACUUGAGGCCUUCCAGGUCCAUGCCUGUGCUCGUUAUUGUAGGAAUUAAUUCAUACAAGUUUUGAUUUGAUUUGAGAUGUAGCCUAUGUAGUUGAGGUAGACUUUGCGGAAACUAUUGUGCAUCCCUUUCACCCGUAGAUUUGUGUGAAAAUUAGCUUUGCAUCUGAGAUUAUAUUGUUGUUGUCAACUAUAGUCUCGUCCAUCAGUGUGAAACAUGUAAGCAUAUUUUGUAUCUGAUUUUCUUGUAAUCCUUGAAAACUUACAAUUUAUAUAAUGAUACUGUGUUUCUCCGGAA